GAUGCGGUAUUAGAGGUAAGAAAUUGAAUUGGAUGUUGUUCUCUCUCAUUUUUAUCCUCAAACAACCAAAAAUCCUUAUAAAAUCCACAAAAUCAUCCUGGAAUCCCCACAAAAUCAUCAAGCAACCACUUAUCACUGUAAUCAAUGAGUUGUAUGGCAAACAUUGAAUACAGAUAGUAGGGAAACUUUAGUUGUUUGUGACCUUUUGCUUAUUUCAAAGAAAAACCCUUGAGAAACUGUGCUUCGUCGUGUCUAGACAAAAAAUGAAACUGUUAUCAUUCCCCAGUUCCUACCCAAAACAACCACUUAUAAUUCCCCAUUCAUCUUCCACUUCCACCACCAAAUUAGUUUACCCUUCAUCUUCCCUCAACCUCUCAUUAGAAAUUCAACAGGCCCCAUCCCUACGUACCCCCAACAAAAAACUUCUUCAACACAAAAGGUUGACAAGUCAAACUAAAUACAUUCCCAGGAGCACAUCCACAUCCACAACCACAGACAUUAUACGCAUAAUGGUUUCCCUUCGUCUUCCCAUACCACCUGACAUGUUUACUUCUCUUAUUAGAGAAUGCACCGUUAAAAAAGACUCCAACGGAGCUCUAGAAUUGUACUCUUACAUCAUCAACAACACCACAAACUUAAAACCCACGCUUCUUUUGCUCAACCGUCUACUUCUAUUGCAUGCUUCCUGCGGCCAACUCUACGCCGCCCGUCAACUGUUCGAUCAAAUGUCUCUUCGAGAUUUCAACUCUUGGGCUAUCAUGAUUAUUGCGUACAUUGACAUAGCUGAUUACCAAGAGUCCAUUGAUCUCUUUGUACAAAUGAUGAAGCAGCAGCAAAAACAAGGGUUGGUAUUCCCUUCAUGGAUUAUAGUUUGCAUUCUCAAGGCUUGUGUGUGCACCAUGAAUAUGGGUUUGGGAAAGCAGGUGCAUGCUUUGUUGUUUAAGUUAGGUACAAGUAACAACAUUUCCUUGAUGGGUUCGUUGAUUAACUUUUAUGGCCAAUUUAGAUGCUUAGAAGAUGCCAAUUUUGUCUUUAACCAACUUAGCCGUCACAAUACCGUUGUUUGGACGGCUAAGAUUGUUAACAACUGUAGGGAAGGACAUUUCUAUGAUGUUUUUGAUGAUUUUAAGGAAAUGGCAAGGGAAGGAGUUAAAAAGAAUAGUUUCACCGUCUCUACUGUUCUUAAGGCAUGUGCCAGGAUGGAUGAUGAUGGCAACUGUGGUCAACAGGUGCAUGCUAAUGCUAUCAAACUUGGGCUUGACUGGGAUGUUUAUGUGCAGUGUGGAUUAGUUGACAUGUAUGGAAAACAGGGUUUAUUGAGUGAUGCCGAAAGGAUGUUUGCAAUUAUGGGUAAUAAGGAAAACGUUGCUCCUUGGAAUGCCAUGCUUGUGGGCUAUUUAAGGAAUGGGUUCUGUGUUGAGGCUGUGAAGUUUAUGUAUCAGAUGAAAGCAGCUGGAAUUGAGGUCCAGGAAUCGCUGAUCAAUGACGUGAGGAUUGCUUGUGGUGAAAUGUAAAUAACUUUAACACAUUUUUUUCCGUAACUCAUACAUGGACAGCUUGCCACAACUUCUUAUCGUCCUAUGCAUAGAGCAGAAGCCCAGUUUAAGUAACAGGCUAGACCACAACUAUAAAUCAUUUCCUUACUGCUUGUGAGAGACUGCUUUUGUGGGCACACUGACUUGACUAUAUGCCAUUUGAUUCCAGUAAUGUUUCAGAACGCUAUUAGUUACUAAGCUUGAAAUCUUGAACGGCAACAAUUCAUUGUUGAUGUGGGUUGUUCUACAUGAGAUUAUUAGCCGGUUUACGGGACCAUUACACAACCACUGCUGAUAUGUUGAACAGAUAAUGUACCUACCUUUGUUGAAUUAUUACAUAUUUGAUGCUUGUAGAGUUCUAUAUUAAGGAUAUAUGUAAUAUUUUGUGCACCGCACUGUCAUGUAAUAUUUUUUUAAAUAUAUUUUAUGGUGUUUUUGGGUCACGCCUCCCAAACAAAUGAUUUAAA